AUGGCUUUGGCUAUGGUGGGGCAAGGAUCAUCUGAUCCCAUUCCUACACCCCAAACUCACACAAUACUGGCGCGCUCCGUCACACCACCCACGGAGCCGCCACGUCCACCCACACCUCCAGCUGGUCCAUCGCGACCACGUUCACCCUCUCCGCAACCCCAGGCGGCCAAGCGAUCUCGGGAAGAGGAUGAGGAGGAACAGGAGGAAGGUCCUACCCUAGAAGUACUCCAAAGUCGGGAACGGGAGCUAAAACGCUUCAACACUAAGUUCCGCGAGGAGGUAGUGAUGGUCAGGGGCCUUGCCGAUACUCUUCCGUCGGAGGACCUGGUGGUCUCUCUCUUCGACACUAUGUUGCAAAGACAGAGACAGGCUGUCAACGCAAAAGACGAUGACAGGGUCAUCCUCGAAAUAGAGAGUGCUGAAAACAUUGAUAAUCCCUUGUGGUUCAGUAUGAGAAGGGUUGACCAACUCAAUGGACAGGUGGUCCUCGAUAAGCUAGGCCGUGUCCUAAAGUCUAAUCAGGCCUUUAUGGCAAACGGGCAGCUGAAAGUUAGCUUUAUUCAUGUCCCUACCCCCAAAGCCGGAGGUCAUCGGACAAGUCGUGUUCCGAACGAGUCCAUGGAUCAAUGGCUUGAACGAAUGGUUGAUAAAAGCACCAUUUUCUCGCCCGACAAUACCAGGGACUCCAUGUGCUUGGCAAGGAGUAUCUUUGUAGCAAAGUCCAGAGAGGGUAUGGCCUACACUACCUUUAACAGGCUUAAGAAACCCGUAUCGGGCGUACAGCUAAAAGGUGCCAAAACAUUGUGUGCCAGUGCUCACAUUGGGUACGACCAGGCUUGCGGUCUGGACGAUGUCAGGCGAAUGCAAGACAUAUUGCCUGAUUAUCGCCUCUGUGUCUUUACAGACAAACACGGCAAGGAGUGCGUGUUCAAGGGGCCUUACAGUGCUGGCCGUAAGAAUUUGUACCUUCUUCUACACAAAGAACACUUCUCCGCCAUAUUGUACCCUUGCCAGGCAUUUGAAACACACUUUCAGUGUGAAAAAUGUGUUGUUUUUUACAACCACAAGGACGACCACCGAUGUGAGGGCUCAUGUUGGCGCUGCUUUGCCGGCGUUGUACACGAUGACCCCACUGUCCCUCUAGUUCGAUGCCCUGACUGUCGCCAUCAGUUUUCAGGCGAUGCUUGCCUUCAGCAUCAUAAGGCAGUUAAGAUGCGGAAUUCUGACUUCACCAAGUGUGAAGUCUUUAGAUUCUGCCCAACAUGUGAAAAGAGCUACAACACUCUGAAGUCCGGGAAACAUGUCUGUGGCUUCGUUUACUGUAAAAAUUGCAGAGAGAAUGUAAAGGAGAACCACCUUUGUUACAUGACUAGCUGGCAGGAAAAAGACAAAAAGAAGGGUUGGAAGUAUGUUACGGUCUUCUAUGAUAUUGAGACCACUCAGUGCGACCCAGUAGACGGUAAAGAGGACACCUUUGAACACAGGCCAAACCUCCUUGUGUCACAAGCCGUAUGCGACAAUUGUGCCAAUGUGCCUGGCAAUGAGCACUUUUGCACUGUCUGCAAUACCCGGCAACAGGUAUUCCACAACCUGGAUGAUCCUGCGGCACAAGUUAUGGGGCAGUUCCUGGACUAUCUUCAGUCCUUUGGGCCAAAGGCCCACGUCCUGCUCGUGGCACACAAUGCAAAGGCAUUUGACGCCAUUUUUGUGCUCCAGGAGUUGGUGGCUCGCGGCCUCUCUCCCGACCUCACUCUUCAGGGGGCAAAAAUACUGUGCAUGAAAGUGGGGAACUGGAAGUUCAUAGACUCCCUGAUGUUUCUUCCAAUGCCACUUAGCUCUAUGCCCAAAUCAUUCGGGCUCAACGAGCUCAAGAAAGGGUACUGGCCCUUCUUGGCAAAUAAGCCAGAGUAUUACCAGUAUGAGGGACCUAUGCUCGAUAGGGACCUCUACUGUGUGUCCAGUAUGAAGUCGAAGGCAGCUGACGACUUCAAUGCCUGGUAUGAUACCCAGGUGUCUUCCAAUUACCUCUUCAACUUUAGGCGUGAGUUGAUCGAAUAUUGCAUAUCUGAUGUAACGAUCCUCCGUCAGUCAUGUCAGGCAUUCAGAAAACUGUUUCAGGAUGUUGCUGGGUUUGACCCAAUGCAGCACUGUAUCACCCUCAGCAGUGCAUGCAUGGCGGCCUUCCGCCGCAACUUCUUGACAGCCAACACAAUUGGCCUCGUACCUCCAGGAGGUUACCAUGGUAGAGGCAAGCAGAGUCACAUUGCCCUACAGUGGCUCGACUAUGAGUCUGCUAAGCUGGGUCAUAAAAUUAAAACCAUUCACACUGACCGCGAAGUGGCUGUCAUGGGAAGGCUUGUGGAUGGGUACGUCGAGCUACCUCUUCCUAAUGGAGGGGUGGAGCGGCGUAUCUACCAGUUCCACGGGUGCUACUGGCACGAGUGCCCUGAGCACUUUCCUGCCACUUCUGACUCAAAGGAGAGCAAAUAUGAGCGCACAGUUAGGCUCACGGCAAUGUUUCGCCGCAAUGGCUACACUGUCGUCGAGAAAUGGGAGUGUCAGUUCAAGAGGGAGCUUGAGUCUGACACAGAGGUCAAAGAGUACUUCAGAGAUAACCCGACCACUAGGGCCACUCCUCUCAAUCUCCGAGACGGCCUAGCUGGCGGCCGAACCAGUGCCCUGAAAUGGUUCUACCAAGCCAAACCAGGGGAGAAGAUCAAGUUGGUCGAUGUUAUUUGUGAGUACCCGAACGCAAAUCUUCGGGCAAUGUACCCGACAGGUCACCCUGUCAUCCAUCUAGAAGAUGAUCCCCAGAUGCCUGACCCUAGCCUGUAG